AUCUAGCCCUCCCACUUCACCUUUGCAACCUAUUAGUGCCCCAUUUCAGUACUCCUACGCCACUGGAUGGAAGAACCGUAUGACGGUAUAACAAGGACAGUAUAAUACGAUGACAGUUCAUAUGGAUAUGAUCAGAGUCCGCCUUGUACAUUAUCGACGAUUGUAUUAAACCUAGUUAAUAAUUGAAACUCGGAUAUUGAAAAUAAACGAACUUUGGUAAUAAUAUUUGUUUAGUUAUUUUUGAGUAUCACUGUCCGCGACUAUUACGACUUGUGAAAAAGGGAAUGAACCGACGAGUAGCUUUACUUAACAGCCAUGAAAUCAUUACGUGUGUUGGCGGCAAUCACUGUGUUUUUAUCAUUUGAAGAGAUUUCUAACGCUUAUAAUUGCAAGAAAGAUAGCAUCAGCGAAAGUGUGGGAUGUGAGUGCAAUGAAGCCGGUUACUGUAAGCAAGGUAGCGUUCCCGUCGAUCCUUGGAUGGAGUUUGCUCUAAAGACUCAACGUGAUAUACAGAUAGAUGAUCACCUAAACCACCUUCAAAUAUUUGACGCACACAAUGCGUACAAUAACAGAGCAUCAGGCUAUGGAGAAAAUGAUAGCUGUACGUGGCCUCCGCCGUAUAAAUCUCGAUUUUGUGCUAAUCUGGCCAACCAGGAGUUUACAUUCACUGAUAUGCUUAACCUCGGCGUUAGAGGCCUGGAGAUCGAUAACUGGUACUGCUACAAUGCGAUGAGAAUGGCUCAUUCAUCGUCAGAGGUCGCUCUUUCCUGUCUUCCAAGACACCGUCUGCUGCGUUUUGGUCUCCAGGAAAUAAACCAAUGGCUAUCCCGUGAUGGAAACGAAAAUGAAAUACUGCGCAUCUAUAUAAACGAAAAGUUUAAUCAAACCCAUGAUAUGGAAAUGAACAAGGCACUUGCAGAUUUUCUCGGGAAUCGCAUGCUAACGCCGUCAGAUCUGCGGGAUCGGUACGAUGGAAUUUGGCCCACUGCUAGAGAAAUGAUUCGGGAUGGUAAAACGGUUGUUGUGGCAACCGGUUCAACGGCUGGCAGUGGUCUUGUCUAUACACACGGGGAUGUCUAUAUUCACCCAUUAUACUGGCUGGAUCAACGACGUAAAUAUUUCACAGAUUACCCAGAAUGUGGUGGGAAAACUCAAAAUAAUGCGUUGAGAUUUUACAGCGAUAGCACACACUACGGAAUAGCAUAUGAUGGGCCAACGCAAGUUGGCACGAUUCAAGACCUGACGGAGUUUGUCAAGUGCCGAAUCCAAUUCCCAGCAGUCGAUCCCGUCACACCGCAAGUUAUGGCAACAGCCGUGUUUACAUGGGCUAGUGGGCAACCAAAAAAGACGCUUACCGAAGAGUCGUGUGUUUAUCUAGACACUUUGAUCGGGCGGUGGUUUACUCCGGAGAAUUGUGGGAUUGAACUUCACUUCGCUUGUCAAAAUAUUACUGAUCGAGAUGAAUGGGUCAUCAGUGACGAAGCUGGUCCAUACGAUGGUGGCUCUACGGCUUGCAAAAUCGGCUUUACAUUUAGUAUACCACAAAAUGGGUACAGACAACAAAAGGUGAUAGAGGCAGCACUUGGCUCACAUGAGAAUCUAUGGAUAAACUACACUCCUUGGCUACCGACAUAUUCAAGCACAACGCCCUCUUCCGUUGCCACUUCGCUUCUUCCUUCAAUAUAUUUUCUUCUGUCAAUGUUAGGCCUUUUAUUUAAUAUCAGGCUUUAGAGUUUGUAAUGUCAAAGUAAUGUGAUGUUUAGGAUAAUAAAUUUUGUAUAGCAGCAAUACGAAGUUCCUAAGUAAAAAUACUGAAUACCAAUGAAUGUAUUUUGAUUGUUUUAUCUAUCAUUGUAAGUUAAACAAAUAAUUAUAUGGAAGAUGAUGGGUUUAAAUUUCCCCAAAAUACCAGCCAUUGAUGAGUUUAUUUGCUGUCCAGGGCUCCUGGAAAGACUGUCCAUUUUGUUUAUAGCUUAAGUAAACAUAAUACCCUAAACAUGAAAAGGUCUCAACCAACCAUUUAAAAGAAAAAUCAAAUUAUGCUGGUCGAUUUAUAUCAACUGGAUUUUAGUUCAUCUCUUGUACACCUUCAUGGAUUAAAUUUAAGCCAUAUACUGCACUAUAAUACAGUACGGCAUUGCCGAAGAAUAUGCAACACAACAUUUUUCUAUAAAUUGAUUUGUUAGUCUUACCUUGAAUUUCCAGACUGAUUUAGACGCUA